AUGGCCUCAAUUUUCCGCUCAUCCGCUCAAAUUAGAGCUGCUGCCCGCACAGGCAAUCGAGCUUUCUCUGCACAUCAUGCACUCCGCGCUAGCGCAGCGGCGUCUGUCAAGGCUGGGACAUCCGCAGAGAAGCCAUUUUUCCCCAAUGAGCCCGCUGGGCCUACCGUCAAGACAGCUAUCCCUGGCCCCAAAAGCCAGCAGAAGAUUGCGGAGCUCGAUCGCGUUUUUGAUACUAGAGCUCUGAAUAUGCUGGUGGACUACAGCUCUUCGGUCGGAAACUAUAUCGCUGAUCCCGAUGGAAAUGUUCUGCUGGAUGUGUACUCCCAGAUUGCUUCGAUCCCCGUUGGCUACAAUAACCCCAAUCUCCUCGAAGCUACAAAAUCGCCAGAGAUGGCCAGUGCCUUGAUCAAUCGGCCGGCCUUGGGCAAUUUCCCUUCGCAAGACUGGGCUCACAUCCUGGAAACUGGUCUUCUCCGUGUCGCCCCCAAGGGCAUGAAUCAAGUGUUCACCUCCACCACCGGCUCUGACGCAAACGAGACCGCAUACAAGGCCGCCUUCAUGUAUCAUGCGCAGCAAAAACGUGGAGGACCAGAAGUCGAGUUCACCAACGAUGAAAUCUCGUCCACUAUGGUCAACCAGGCCCCCGGUUCGCCAAACUACUCUAUCAUGUCCUUCCAGUCUGCCUUCCAUGGACGUCUCUUCGGCAGUCUUUCCACUACUCGAAGCAAGGCCAUCCACAAGCUUGAUAUCCCUGCCUUUGACUGGCCCAAGGCGCCUUUCCCUACCUUGAAAUAUCCUCUUGAGGAUUUCGCCGCUGAGAACGCACAGGAGGAACAGCGCUGCCUCCAGGAAGCUGAGAGGAUCAUCAAAGAGUUCCACAACCCCGUGGCUGCCGUUGUAGUCGAACCAGUCCAAUCCGAGGGCGGCGACAACCACGCUUCUCCGGCCUUCUUCCAGGGCCUUCGUGAAAUUACAAAGCGAAACAACGUGCUUCUCAUUGUUGACGAGGUGCAAACCGGUCUUGGCGCCACCGGAAAGUUCUGGGCUCAUGACCACUGGAACCUUCAGACUCCUCCGGACAUUGUCACCUUCUCGAAGAAAGCUCAAGCUGCGGGAUACUUUUAUGGUAACCCAGCUCUAAGACCCAACAAGCCAUUCCGCCAAUUCAACACCUGGAUGGGUGAUCCCGCUCGCGCUCUUAUCUUCCGAGCUAUCGUUCAGGAGAUUGAGCGGCUUAAUCUCGUUCAGAACACUGCUGUCACCGGCGAUUAUCUUUUCUCUGGAUUGGAGCGCCUCGCUCAGCAAUACCCUGGCCAAUUCCAGAACCUCCGCGGCAAGGGACAAGGUACAUUCAUCGCCUGGGACAGCCCACAGCGAGAUGCUGUCCUGAAGAAGGGUAAGCAGGUUGGAAUCAACAUCGGAGGCUGCGGAGAGGCUGCUGUCAGAUUGCGACCAAUGUUGAUCUUCCAGAAACACCACGCCGACAUCCUCCUCGAAUCUCUGGAGAAGAUUGUGAAGUCUUAGGGGUUUCAUUUGAUUGUCUAGCGUUCCUCACAAACUUGUUAUUUUCCGGGCGAAUUUGCGAUUGGUUUUCAUCUUAGUGAUUCAAAAUAAUGAUGGCAUGUGUUUUA